AUUUGACAGAGAGAAGUCAAAACAAAACACCGCACCGACCAAACGUCAACAUGAUGAGAUGAGGUGGAAUUUAUCCAUAUUUAUCAAUAAUUAUGUAUUGCAACUUUUGAAAAAAUUUGCGUAUGAUAAAUAAGUUGAAGGCAAUUAUCUUGAUUGUAAUUUAUACAAGCUUUGUAAAAUUAAUCAUUGCUCAAUACAAUAUGUCUAAGGAAAAACAAGCAGUUAAUUCCAAAAACAAAUACUCAAUACUCUUACCAACUUACAAUGAGGUGGAAAAUCUUCCAAUUAUUCUUUAUCUUAUAGUAAAAUACAUGAAUCGAAGCAACUGUGAUUACGAGAUAAUAGUAAUAGAUGACGGAAGUCCAGAUGGCACACUUGAAGCAGCAAAGCAGCUCCAAAAAAUAUAUGGUGAAGAUAAAAUUUUUUUAAGACCUAGAGAAAAAAAGCUAGGCUUGGGAACAGCUUAUAUUCAUGGUAUCAAUCAUGCUACAGGCAACUUUAUCAUUAUAAUGGAUGCUGACUUAAGUCACCAUCCAAAAUUUAUAUCCCAGUUUAUCGAAAAACAACAGUCACAAGAUUAUGACGUAGUUUCUGGUACUCGCUACAUAGGAGAUGGAGGAGUAUCCGGAUGGGAUUUUAAAAGAAAACUAGUGUCUCGUGGAGCAAACUUCCUAACUCAGCUUUUAUUAAGACCCGGUGCGUCUGAUCUAACAGGAUCAUUCCGUCUCUACAAAAAAGAUGUUCUUGAAAAACUUAUCAACAGUUGUGUGUCUAAAGGUUAUGUCUUUCAGAUGGAAAUGAUAGUUAGAGCCAGGGAGUUAAACUACUCAGUGGGUGAAGUGCCAAUUACUUUCGUAGAUAGAGUCUAUGGGGAAUCGAAGUUAGGAGGGUCAGAAAUUGUUCAGUUUGUUAGAGCAUUGUUGUAUCUUUUUGCUACUACAUAGAAAUUAUUAUUAGUGCAAUUCACAAACCAUACAUACUCUAGACGUUCCACGACCAUGUUAAUCUUUCGGAUCGAAUUAACGCCAUCUGUUGAUUGGGAAGACAACUAAAUUGACAAAUUAUAGUUUUACCUGGGAAUUUCAAACUAUAAAUUUUUGCGGGAUUUUUGAUGAUAUUUCGCAGGAAAUUAAAACAACAGAAAGACAAUUCAAUGUUUUACAAAAUCUUAAAUUCUCUCUAAAGUUAUGCUAGUAGGUAGUGUUGUAAUCGUGGCUAAAAUACCAAUAUAAACAAAAAUCAUAGUUUUACUGAAAACUUCAAAUAUUCCAAUUUGUUUCCAAAAUGCUAAACACUACUGCCAAGUGUCAUGUGAAAACACUGUUUUUUAGGAAGCACAGGGCAAAAUCGAAAGAAAACGCUGGGUUGGAAUAAAACAAUUGUCCUGGCUGCGUAAUAUUAGACAACGCAACGGACAGAUCGAACGGUCGAGGAAUUGUUUCAUAUAGCUGUCGACCGAGAAAUAUUUCAUCAACUUGCUAAUACGACGAUAGCCAACGCUUGAAAACAAGCAGGGCACACAAAGAAGAAGGAAGAUGCCGCAAUAAUCAAGAGCAAGGAUCUCGCUAAAUUAAAAUAAUAAAUUAAUAUAGAAAAAUAUAAUAUAUGAAAAUUAUUUCGAACCUGAAUUUGAGUAUUUCAUUAUGUUAUGUAGGUAUGUUUUGAAAAUAUAAUUUUAUUUAGUGUUUCUUUAACAAUUUCCUAAUGAUUUCUUUUUAAAACCUGUCAUUUAAGUUUCUAAGUGAAUAAUUUAAUUUUUUAAUAUUCAAAAUUAUAUAAUAUGUACAUAGACGGGGGCGUAAGAAUUUUUGGAAUGUUUAAGGUGGUACAUGACACAAAAAGGUUGGGAAAAACUGGUCUAGAGUAUGUAUGGUUUGUGGUGCAAUUACUAUAUUCAUAUACUUUAACUCAAGUUGUUUUAAAACAUUAAAAUAUUUUUCUACAAUAAUAUUACAAGUUGGUAAUAGAUGAUGAAUGAUAGUUUAAUAAUUACAUACUUGAAGUGAUGUAACGUCUUGCAAAAAGUUAAGAAAUUGUAUAAAAAGAAAUAAAGUUGGUUUUUGUGACAUAAUAAAUAAGAUUGAGUUUAUGGUUUAUUUCAAAAUAAACGAAAUUAUUUUUA